AUGUCGGAAUCCAGCAAAGACCUCGAGAACGGCGUCCACAAGGACUACGCGAGUGGCAACGGCGCAGCCCCGGAGCAGCAAGGUAGCACCAGCGACCUCAGCCAACUGCUCACCAACAACACCUUCUCCGACGAGCAAUUUGAGCGCAUGUUCUUGUUGCCACGCAACCAGGGAGUCGUCGGAGGCCAGCGUAAGACCUUCGCCACCCCAACACCUCUGGCAAUCAUGGGCUUCAGUACCGGUCUCACACCACUCGCCGCUCAGCUCAUCGGCUGGCGAGGUGCUGGAGGCUCAGGGCAGUCUUCCGUUGGAGCUACGAUUUGGUUCGGAGGCAUGCUCUUGAUCUUCGCUGGACUUGGAGAGUUCAUUCUGGGCAACACGUUCCCUUUCCUGGUCUUCAUGGGAUAUGGUGCGCAUUUCUUGACGUUCGGUACUACAUUCAUCCCGGCUUGGAAUGCUGUGUCGGCGUACACUAGUGGAAGUCCAUACACUGGUGAAGCUGGAAGCCAGGCUAUCACACCUGAGUUUGCUCAGAGCUAUGGUUUUUACCCCCUCUCCCUCUGCAUCCUCUCGGCCAUCUUCCUCAUCUGCUCCACCCGAACAAACCUCAUCUUCUUCCUCGUCUUCGUCGCAGCAACGCUGGGCUUCGGAUUCGCAGCAGGCUCCUUCUUCCAGAUCGGAAAUGGUAACAUGGCUUUGGCGGCAAAUUUGCUGGUGGGAUGUGGAUCGUGCUUUUGGGCAGCGGCGAUGUUGGGGUGGUAUUUGCUGAUUGCGAUGAUGAUACCGAUUAUGGAGUUGCCUCUGCCAAGCUUGCCGAUUGUGGAUUUGAGCACGAUUGUGAAGCCGAGGAAGAGGAAGAUGGUAGUGUAA